UAUUUUAUUCAUUUACUUAGCAACCGCAUCAAAACACGGCUCUUAAACGUGUUAGAAUAUGGUUGAUAUAUAAUAACAGGAAUCACUGGAACUAAUUCAGAGCUUACAAAAUCAAAAUUACGGCGUUAAAAUGGCUAAAGUUGUAGUUUCACCUUCGGUUCUUAAUUUCGCGGACAUCAGGCCCGUUUCGCGAGGGCUGUCCUUUUCUCCUCGACCAAAAUCACGGCUCUCUACAGGAAACUCUAGACCAGGAUCUGGUGUCAAAACUAGAACAGAAUAUACUUUUAAAGAUACUCCUAGAUCACAUACAUUUGUGGAUAUUCCUUUGCCAAAUCAUGGAAGGCGUUCUCUGUCCUUGUCUUCACUUUCAAGCAACGGUUCAAAGUCACCAAACCCUAAACUCAGUUUUAUCGAAGUUGAAUCAAUACUGAGAGAGAAAGUAAGAGUACAUUUUGCUGACAUCAGACAGGCUUUCCAGACAUUAGAUGCAGAGAAAAACCUCACAGUUACUCAGUCAGAAUUCAGAAGAGUUUUGGAAUCAUUCUGUUGUCCUAUGACUGAAGAUCAAUUUAAUCAUAUCUUAAGAAAGGCUGUCAUCAAUAGAGAUGGUAGCGUCAAUUAUCUGGAAUUCCUGGAAAAACUUCAUCUUAGAGGUGGUAUGGCUGAUGGUAUGAGGUGGUUGGACAGCCUACACAAGUUCAACCAGGCUAAAACACCUGUAGAAAAACCAUUUGAGGAUGUCGAGAACAAAAUAAAAACCAAGAUAAGUGGCCAACUUCAGAGUGUGUUGAAAGCAUUUAGACUGUUUGACUAUAACAGAGAUGAGCAAAUACAGAGACAUGAGUUGAGAAGAGUUCUUGAAAACUUUUGCUUUAAGUUGACAGAUCAGCAGUUUGACAGAUUGUGGUGCAAGCAUGAUAUGACACGUAAUGGCAGCACCCUAAACUACAUGGACUUUUUAAAGAGACUUGGAGUUGAUCCUCAAAGAAAGACAAAGCAUCGCUCCACUUCCAAGGCUGAUCAAGAUACAGGCCAAGAAAAGGUUAAACUAAUGGCAACUAACAAACGACCACAUUCAAGUGGAAGCAGUAGGGAAGGGUCCCCCACUGCAAUGACUGUCAAAGACUUGGAGCUCAAACUGCGCAAAAAGAUGGUUGAGAAUUACUCUGAUAUGAAGCGUGCAUUUGUGGCAUUUGAUCAGCGAGGAGAUGGCUUUGUUACCCUCAGUGAACUGAAGAGAGUCCUCAAUCAGUUUGUUUUUCCAAUGACAGCUGGGCUGUUUGAUAUACUAAUGGGAAGGUGUGGAAUCAAAGCAAGCCACAAAAUUGCCUAUGAACAGUUUCUGGACAAAUUCCAAGAACCAAGAUCUGAUGGCAAUGGUCAAACCAUCCCUAUUCGCUCCAAUCACAAGUUCAAUCCAAUACGUGAAGCUGAAGAUCAACCAACGACAGAAGACAUCUGGAAAUUUCUCUUCUCCAAAGUGUCUCAAAGUUUUUCCUCCAUUAAAGAGGCUUUUCUGGUUUUUGAUGAUAACAAGGAUGGUCGCAUCACCAAACGUGAUUUCCGUCGCAUACUUGAGAGUUUCUGCUUCAGAAUGACAGAAGACCAGUUCCGUGAACUGAUGGCAAAAAUCGACCCUCAUAACAAAGGCUCUGUGUCGUACUUGGAAUUCCUGGAAAAGUUUGAGCCUCGAGAAACAGAGGAGGGCCACCCUUGGCUUAUGAGUGAUGAUACCGUAAAGAGCAUCUCUCCACCUGCAGUUCUCGCUUGGUCUACUGUGGAAGAUAUCUUGCGGUUCAAGAUUAUGGAUAACUGGAAAAGUAUUGCUACUGCUUAUAUUAACAUAGAUGACAAUAGAGAUGGGUCCAUAUCGAGAGGGGAACUCAGAAAACUCCUGGAGAAGUACUGCCUCCCCCUGUCCGACGAACACUAUGAAAUGCUUUGGGGUCGUUGUGAUGUAAAUGCUGAUAACACUGUGGAUUUUCAAGAGUUUCUAAAUAAGUUGGGAGUAGAUAUCAUAAGCGGUGAUAUCAAUGGAAUUAGUACUCGUAUCCACGAUGAGAGUGAAGCAAAAGCUGACUUUAUGAAGUUCGAUCAGCACAACAGACAAGAAGCUGCAUAUGACCGCGCCCUCGGUCUAACAGGGAAGAAGUCAGCGGAUGAAUGUAUGGAAAUACUUAAGGAGCAUAUUUCUCAGAGAUCUCCUGAUAUACGCAAAACCUUUGUCAAGUUUGAUAGUGAUAAUGAUGGAAAGAUAUCAAGAAAAGAGUUCCGUCUGGUGCUUGACAGUCUUGGUUUGUACAUGACAGAUGACCAGUAUCGCAUUCUUAGCGCCAGGCAUAACCAGCCAACCCCUUUAGAACAAUCAAUGACAGCUGAGGAAGUAGAAGCUAAACUAAGGACGAAACUGCGCGAUGGAUAUGCCGACCUUCGAGAAGCUUUCCAAAAAAUCGACUUCGACAAGAAUGGCCUCAUCACGAGAAAAGAGUUCCGUCGUAUUUUGGAUUCUUUGAUGUUUUUGCUAUCUGAUGAAGAGUUCGACAAGCUGAUGGACCGAUUGAACAUGAAGAAAGGCGAUAAACUAAACUACAGAGAGUUCUUGAAGAGGUUCGAACACGUGGAGAAGAUUGAAGAGGGUCAUCCAUGGCUAUACUCUAAUCAUUUCUUCAACGAAACUAAAGAUCUACAGUACUUGAGUGCCGACGAAGCAGAUCGCAUACUAAAAAGAAAGGUUGUAGAACAAAUGGACGAUAUCACCAAGGCGUUCCUUACCUUUGACCGUGAUGGCAAUGGGAUUGUAACCAAGAAGGAAUUACGAACAGUCCUCUAUCGGUACCAGAUCCCCCUGACGAAAGUAGAAUUCAAAAAACUAUGGGCAAAGUAUGACACUGAUAACAAUGGUUACGUUGAUCAUCGUGAAUUCAUCGCUCGUCUUGGAGGAGAGUUUGUCCCUGGAGACACACACGGCCCCAGUACUCAGAUCACUCAUGGUAGUCAUCAGGAAAUGCAGAGAUUCCACGAUGCGCAGAAGGCUAUCCACGAGAACGCGACCAAUAACCAAGCAUACGCGGUGUCUUUCUUAUCGGCCCUUGAAGUUGAGCAGAGACUUAGGGAUCGCUUCCGGGAUGGAUACGAAAGCCUGCGCAAAGCAUUUGAAGCAGUAGACACAAACAGAGAUGGUUACAUAUCUAGAAAAGAGCUGCAACAGAUCCUCUUUGAUUUUCAUUACUUCCUUGAAGAUCACCAACUAAAUAUCUUGCUAGAAAGAUGUGGAUUAGGUAGCAGGAACAAGUUAUCCUACGAGAAAUUUCUCAGCGCAUUCGAGGACCAACGACACUCGGGAUACGGUCGUGUGACACUCGAUACUCCCAAGAAGAAGAGUAGUAGUACAGUAGUGUUCGAGAACCAUGAAACUCUAAGCCCCGAGCAGGCGAUUGCUAAACUGAGAGGGAAAAUAAGUAGCAACUAUGAUACCAUAGUCAAGGCUUUUCGAGCAUUUGAUGAAAUUGGGAUGGGCUACGUUACGACCAAAGAUCUUCAUCAAAUCAUCAAGGCGUUUUGCUUUGUUAUGACUGAAAAACAAUUCAAGGCGCUGCUCAAGCAGAUUACUGUCAACAAAGACGGUUUAAUUUACUACGAAGACUUUUUAGAAAGUUUUCAGAAAUCCGACGUUGAGGCAAGUCGAAAGUGGCUUGAAAAUUUAAUACCUUCUCCUGCGAAGCGUCAGCAGUCUCCCAUUCAGAAACACGGUAUGACAGAGGAAGAUGUAGAGAAGAGAGUUAGAGAAGUGGUCAUGGCAAGGUUCUAUUCACUUGCUAAGGCGUUCACUGAGCAAGACACGAACCAAUCAGGUACCGUGAGCCAGAAGACACUGCGACAGAUCCUAGAUCGUCACGUGUUCCGCAUGAAUGAUGAUCAGUUUGACCAUAUAUGGUAUCUACUGCCGAAAGACCAGAAUGAUUUGGUGGAAUACAGAGAAUUCCUCAGGAUGUUUACAGGAAGAACUGACGUCACGAGGGCGUCUUCGGCCACGCCUCCAAGAACAAGGGAAAGAAAACUUUCUCGUGAGUCUCUUCUGUCUCCAAUGAUGACGUCUCCCGUCUUCAAAAACGUGUCACCAGAAACAGUCACCCCGCCAAUGAGCGCUACUGACGUGGAAAGAAAACUGAAAAGCCAGGUUUGUCGUAGCUGGCAGCAACUUCAGAAGACAUUCAGGAAUGCCGAUCCCAACAACACCGGCAGAGUGGACUUCCAACAGUUCAAAGAUAUUUUAUAUCAACAUCACAUGGAUCUGACGCAUAGUGAGCUGCUUGCCUUAUGGAAGAAACAUGGUUCUGAAUCAAGUGGAAGAGGAGGUAUUGUUUACAAAGAAUUUUUAAGGCACUUCGUCCUUUCAUCCAAUGCAAAACCAAUCAAUCAGUUGGCAAGAGCAAAACUGCAAUCCACCAAAAUACCAUCCAGCCCAGGGUUCAAGAGCGACCAACUUGUGGAGCUAAUGGCGAACAUGCGUUCUAAGGUCAGGGAAAAUUGGAAAGAAAUGAGACGAACAUUUAGAGCAAUCGACAGCAAAGGUACAGGAACAUGUUCACCAGCAGAAUUCCGCCAGACGUUGAAACGAUUUACGAUCAACUUAGACGAUGAAGAAUUCUUUYACAUAUACUCCUACUACGACAAGAAUAUGCUGGGAAAGAUAUCUUAUAACGAGUUCUUACGAGCUCACCUCGAGUAGAUUUUACUUUAGUAUCAUAACUAUGCGAUACCUUCCUCUUAUCCUCUCUCCUCAACGCGGGAAUGACGAAGUGGCCGUCUAGAAUAUUCAUUUACCCAGUGUGCGUCGAGUGAUGGAUAGGCGAUGGUUACGUUUUCGUUUUGUUCGUCGCUUUUAAGUAGUUUUCGUAUGACGACGGUGUUUCUAAUUUGGCCAAUAGACCCGUUUCGAAUUCCAAAUUACCGCUGUGUUUCUUGAUUACAGACUCAUUUGCACAGGGUUAGCCUCGAGUUUGUGCAGAAUAUUCACGUGUUCCAGUCAAGGUCCGUCGAGUUUCAAAGU